GCUCAGGUUGUGUGCAGAGAGCUGGGCUGUGGCUACGCUGUGUCUGCUUCAGUUGGAGCACGCUUUGGGAACAGGACUGCCCCCUACUGGCAAAAAGGUUAUCAUUGUUCAGGAGAAGAACAAUCUCUGAUCAGCUGCUUUGUAAAAGAAUUGACAACUUGUCAUAAGGAAGCCAGUGUCAUUUGUUCAGAACUUGGCUUUGAUAUCAGACUGAUCAAUGGGAGUAAUAACUGCUCUGGGAGAGUUGAGCUAUAUUUUGAAGGUCAGAGAAGGAGAAUGUGUGACGAUGGAUGGGAUAAUGCCACUGCUCAUGUGGUCUGCAAACAGCUGGGUUGUGGCUACGCUGUAUCUCCUCAAGAGGGCGCACUCUUUGGAGAAGGGACAGACCCCUCCUGGCUGUUGGGAGUAAGCUGUACAGGAAGAGAGUCCUCUCUAGAGAGGUGGCUUUCAGGACAGAACGGAAUACAGGAAUGCACAGAUGGUUCUGCGGUCAGUUUAAUUUGUUCAGGUGCUGCCGUUCCUGUCAGACUUGUCAAUGGAAACAGCAGCUGCUCUGGGAGAGUUGAGUUCAAUUCCAUUGGCGUGUGGGGGGCAGUGUGUGGUAGUGACUGGGACAUGAACGACGCCCAGGUUGUGUGCAGAGAGCUGGGCUGUGGCUCUGCUGUGUCUGCUCUAAGAGGAUCCCACUAUGGAGUGAGGCAAGGACCUGUCUGGCAGUAUAGAAUGGAAUGUACUGGAAAAGAAUCAUCACUGGAGAGAUGUGAUUCACAAGAACUUGUAACAUUAUUCUGCGGCCAGGAGUAUAGUGCAGGGGUUGUGUGUUCAGGAAAUGCCUCCCAACAGCACCCUACCACCACCACUCCUACAGUUAGCACUGCCCUGAAGACCUUCACCGAUGACCUCCUGGAUUUCAUUUCCAGCUCAACUUUCUCCACAAUCCGUUGUGUCUUCAUCAUCUGCUACCUGCUGGUAAUGAGCACCGCUGUGAUCAUUGAAAGAGGCUCUUCCAUGGAAGAGGGGGAAACCUCUUCCUCAGUGACACAGGUGUCAUCAGUGGGGAGGUCAGUGUAG